UUUUUAUAGAGGGCCUGUUGCGGAGGGUGCGGUGGUAUCCUAGCCUUGGCUCAGUGCACGCGGCAGAGUCCUUGCCGCAAUGGAUCGUUUUCCCUGGGAGACAGUCGGCGCACGUGCAGAGGCUUGUGUGUCUGAGGAGAAGACGCCGGCAUGGAGGCAGGUGGCUGUGGUCCAGGGGCAGCCAGCAGCCCUCCCUUAGGUGGCCACAUUUGACUGCAGACCUGGAGGGACCGUGCACAUGGGGAGAGACGGUGCAGAUGCCUGCUCGGUGCCUAUUUCUGAGAUUAUCACCGUGGAAGAAGCAGACACUCACGGGAAACACCACAGCAGCGGAAAAUGGCAGAAGAUGGAAAAGCCCUUCGCAUUCACAGUGCACUGUGUCCAGAGAGCCCGCCGCCACCGCUGGAAGUGGGCGCAGGUCACCUUCUGCUGUGCCGAGGAGCCGCUGUGUCACCUGUGGCUGCACACCCUCCAGGAGCUGCUGGGGAAGCUGGCAUCGAGACCAAAGCACUUACUGGUGUUUAUCAACCCGUUUGGAGGGAAAGGACACGGCAAGCGGAUCUACGAAAGGAAAGUGGCACCACUGUUUACAUUAGCCUCCAUCACCACCGAAGUAAUUGUUACCGAACGUGCAAAUCAGGCCAAGGAGAGUUUGUAUGAGAUUAACAUAGACAAAUACGACGGAAUCGUCUGCGUUGGCGGAGACGGCAUGUUCAGCGAGGUCUUGCACGGCCUGAUCGGCAGGACGCAGCGGAACGCCGGCGUGGACCAGAACCAGCCCAGGGCAGCGCUGGUGCCCAGCCCGGUCAGGAUCGGCAUCAUCCCUGCAGGGUCAACAGACUGCGUGUGUUUUUCGACGGUGGGCACGAACGAUGCAGAAACGUCGGCCCUGCACAUCAUUGUGGGGGACUCGCUGCCCAUGGACGUGUCCUCUGUGCAUCACAGCGGCACGCUGCUGCGGUACUCCGUGUCCCUCCUGGGCUACGGCUUCUACGGGGACAUUAUCAGGGACAGCGAGAGGAAGCGCUGGAUGGGUCUCCUCAGAUACGACUUCUCAGGCGUGAAGACCUUCUUUUCGCAUCACUGCUACGAAGGGACAGUGUCUUUCCUGCCAGCGCGACACACAGUGGGGUCUCCGAGGGACAGGAAACCCUGCCGGGCAGGAUGCUUCGUGUGCAGACAAAGCAAGCAGCAGCUGGAGGAGGAGCAGAAGAGGUCGUUGUAUGGCUUAGAGAACACAGAGGAGAUGGAAGAGUGGAAGGUGGUCUGCGGCAAGUUCCUGGCCAUCAACGCCACAAACAUGUCCUGCGCUUGUCCCCGGAGCCCCCGGGGCCUCUCCCCGGCCGCCCACUUGGGGGACGGGUCUUCUGACCUCAUCCUUAUCCGGAAGUGCUCCCGGUUCAACUUCCUGAGGUUUCUAGUCAGGCACACCAACCAGUACGACCAGUUUGACUUCGCUUUUGUCGAAGUUUAUCGAGUCAAGAAGUUCCAGUUUCUGUCGAAGCACGUGGAGGAUGAGGACAGCGACCUCAAGGAGAGGGGGAAGAUGCGGUUUGGGCCCAUGUGCACCGACGCCCCCCCCUGCUGCUGCGCCGCGUCCAACAGCUCCUGGAACUGUGACGGGGAGAUCCUGAGCAGCUCCUCCAUCGAGGUCAGGGUCCACUGCCAGCUGGUUCGGCUCUUCGCACGGGGAAUCGAGGAGGAUCCCAAGGAAGGAGCAGACAGCUGAGCUGCCCUCACACGUCACCUGCCUGGCUGUGCUUGGGAAGCGCAAAUGUUAAGAAAAUUUCUGCAGACCAAUUACGUUGAUGUAUACAUUUAAAUUUAGAAAUUUAUUUUUGAUAGUUAGAUCUUGAUUUUAGACAAAAUACCUUUGUCCACAAGUGUGUGAACAUACCUGGCAUUUUCAGCUUUCUGUGAACCUGUGGAUUGCGUGUCAUAUAACUUAUUCUCCGCAAACGGCACUUGUCGGUCUGGGGGCGCUGGCUUCUAGAUUUUAUGCCAACGGUGCCGAGUUUUCAAGGGCCCAUCAGUGGCUCUAUUGCGGUCAUUUUAGGGACAGUGGACAUGAGGCCACAACAUGUGGACACGUGUGCCUAGCAGCCACUGAUCCACUUUGCAGGACUUAGAGUGUCUGUGAUCAGGUUUUGGAAAAUCGUGGAUUGCCUUCAUUUUAUCUUCAUCUUAACUUGUGCUCGGGACACGCUUACUAGACCCAGCGCGUCCCGGGGGGCUCCAGUGCGGUGUCGCCCUGCUUUGGUGACCUUGGAGCAGGGCCGUCAUAGGGAGGGGGACUCUGGCAGGAGUGACGCUGUAGCUUUAAAACCCCAGCCCUUGCUUUUAUCGUGCUCGUGCUUCUGGGACAAUCCAGCUGGUGGCGAGAACAAUCGUGAGCUCUGGACACGGCAUCGGUUUUAAACUCAGAGGACCUGUGCUCUGGAGUGACACAGUGUGGGUGCCGGGCGGGCUUCGGGGGCGGUGGAAGGAAGCGGGCGUGUGCGGGGGUGCAGAUUCACUUUGUGAUUCUCGGUUCACUUCCAGCCCCAGCGCCCUCGCCCCCGGGGCUCCUUGGGUGCGGGCCCCGAGUCUACGUACGUGGUCCAGACGUGUGCUUUUUUUUCACAAUUAGUUCUACAUGUUUAUUGAAACGUCGUCCUUUGCAGCCGGAGAGUGUAGAUGGCAUCUCCGCGGUGAGCGCUGGAGAUGCGUGCUGACAUGCCGGUGCCGGCGGCCGGGGGCUCCCCGCGGCGGUGACCCCAGGCCCUGGGGCAGCCCUCGUCUUCGCUGGGGCCUUGGUUGCUUUGUAUUCACGCCUAGGUAUAUGGAAGAUGCGUGGAAGAGAGAUUUGAACUACACGCUGCGGCGUGAACUCUGGUUUGCAAAGAGAGGAAGCCCGACUGUGAUGGGGCCGUUUCGCGCCGUCGAGCGUACGGAGCACGCUUGGCUUUACGGAGGUGCAGCUGGUCCUGUUGGCAUCCACAGACAUCGUAUAUUUUUAGAAUUCACUUGCAGCAUUUAUAUUUUAAAGUAUACAUGAAAUCUCCUAUUUUAUCAUUCAGUCCCAUCCAGGUCAGACAAAAGGGCAGCUUUAACGGUGUUUUUUCUCAGUCGACCACAUUAUCAAGUAAUUGUACAAAUGCAGUGGUUUACUGAGUCCUGGGCGGGCGCGUAGUCUGGGUAUGGAAAGGGAAUCUGCGCUGGCUGUUUCGGAUUCUUAGUGCUUGCUGCUGGUUGGAAGAAACCAAAGAAGGACGGCAGCUCUGUGCAGGGGCAGCGGCCGCAUGUCAGGGCCUAGGGGCCGCAGCCACGGGCCACCUGGCCACUCAGAACCGUGCUGUAGAAUGUGCCCCUUCACAGGGUUUCCCCAAAACAGUACUGGUCUGUCCUAAAACCCACUGCCAAUUUUAGAAAAACAGUCCAGGCUGCAGUAAUCAUUUUCUGUUCUCCGAGAGAGCCGGCCACGCCCCGGGGCUCCCGCACAGCUGCCUGCAUGCCGACAUCCAGAACUGCCGCAGGCCUUGGGACUGUUGUUGGGGCACGUGUGAUUGUCGGAACACCCCGAGAGUUCUCGAUGAUCUGUGCACAGGACGGAAGGACCGUUCAGACAUUCCCCCGUGGGCAAGAGGCUCGGAUCUCCAGGAAGGCCCCACAGCACUUGGACUCCAGGGUCUUGAGAAAACGAGUCGGAACUGUUGGUCGGUUAGUGCAAACCUGGCAUCAUCCAGAAGGGUUAGUCUUUAACUUCCUUCGUGACUCACCGGUGCAAAAACGCCACGGCAGCCAUUACGCUCGGACCCUAUUCCUGCCUCUUCUCAUCACUGAGUGAGCACCUGGGUGCCGUGCCCGCCGCCCGGGGGGUGGGGGCGACUGUUCUCGGCACAAUCCUGUGUAACGGCAAGUACGGACUGAAAGGGUGGCUUCAUUUUCUUGUAAUCUUGCUGGUUUCAAGAUUGGAAAAUGGCAUAUUUGCUCUGGUAUCUUUGAGAAGACAAAAAUUAAGUUACUUUGGGCAGAGUUUCUUUUUUUCUUUAAUAAAUUCUUGUUCUAUUAAAGCAGAGCAUGUUUCAUGAAAA